AUGCCUGGUAAACGAGAGCGGGCACAAUUCACAAUACACGCUGUUAUUGAACAUACAAUUGGUAACAGAACUGAGUACACUGAUAAGACAUAUGGGCCAUUCAAAAUGGAAGUUCCAAAAUUGAGUAAACCUGAUAUGUAUAAAUUCUUAAUGUAUACGCUGCUCCAAAACAACUUUACAGUUUUAUCGACAGAGACUAUAGCCGAAAUUGGAGCUACUAUAACAACACACAAUGAGCAGUUCUUCAAAGAUCACAAAGUUGGUGUGCUAAAAUUAAAUACAUUCUUCUUGUACAAGCAGUUUCAGAUUAAACAACGGGGCGAUAAUACUUGUAUGGUGGAUUUUGUUUGGCAUAACUGCCAGGGUAAGAAAGGAUUCCAGAAA